AUUAGGGUUGCUUGUUUUGUGCUGGCAACUCCUAAUGCUAAGGCAAAAAUGGCCGCCGUUAACGAAACGUGGUUACAGAGAUGCGAUACAUAUUUCUUCUUAGUUACAGCAACUCAUGGCCAGCAUGAUGUAGUCAACGUUACCAUUCCAGAAGGCAGAUCGUAUCUGACUGACAAAACCGUAUACGGAUUUAAAUACAUGUACGACUAUUUACUGAACGAUUUCGACUGGUUCGUAAAGGCGGACGACGACACGUACAUGAUCGUAGAGAAUCUGAAAUUUUAUCUGUCACAUUAUAAAGGCGAUGCACCGGCUUACUCGGGACUACACUUACGGCAUUUCUCACCCAACGGAUACAUGGCCGGAGGUCCCGGAUACGUUUUGAACAGAGAAGCAUUGAGACUGUUAAUCAAAGGAUUCAACUCGCCAGGUUUAUGUCGACUGACAGGAGGUGCUGAAGAUCUAGAAAUCGGACGAUGUUUAACCAAAGUUGGCGUUACCAUUAUUAGCAGUUUAGACAAGUUUCGAACCCAAACUUUUCAAGGCACCCGGUUCCAUUCCUACAUCGAUAAUACAGUUCCAUCCUAUGUACCGUUCUAUCUUAAAAAUAAAGAUAACUUGAAUAAAGUGAGUCGGUUCACAAUCAGUUUCCACCAUAUGGAUCCCAAUAUGAUGCACCACAUUGAUUUUAUUCUGUAUAAUAUUCAA